UCAUGAUGUGCUCGGUAGUCGGUGGUGUGUAGGACGGAUAACUCCGAGUACAUCGCAUUGUGAGUGAAGUCCCUUGACCAGCAGCAUUCCCUGAAAAUGGCAUCGACAGGGCCACGUGGGCCAAACAUACUUAUCACAGGUACACCUGGAACAGGUAAAACAACUCUUGCCUCCGAAUUAGCACAGCGUACAGGUUUAAAUUACAUUGAUGUCAGCCAGUUGGCAACAGAACAGGAGCUUUUUGAUGGUUAUGAUGAUGAACUUCAGUGUCCGAUUCUAGACGAUGAUAGAGUUGUGGAUGAACUAGAAGAAGAAAUGUCUAAAGGAGGAAACAUUGUAGAUUAUCAUGGCUGUGAAUUUUUCCCUGAACGAUGGUUUGACAUUGUGUUUGUUCUGCGCACAGACAACUCUGUAUUAUAUGAAAGGCUCCAGCAGAGAGGGUAUACAGGAAAAAAGUUGGAGUCCAACAUAGAAUGUGAAAUUUUUCAAACAGUUCUUGAUGAAGCUAAGGAGUCAUAUCGUCCAGAAAUUGUUCAUGAGCUCCAGUCUAACACAUCUGAGCAGCUGGAAGACAACUUGGAAAAGGUGUUAGCAUGGAUAGCCAUGUGGCAGCCAACCCCAGUAACCUAGGUGUGCCUUGUGGAAAUAAUGACAGAAUCAAUUGCUUUUUCUUUUCCUUCAGAAAAAACACCACAAAGCACAGAAAAGGAAACAUGUCCACGUGCACCCACCCCCCCUAUAAUUGUACUAUUGUAAACUAUACUAGCACUGCAUUAGGGAUUGUAUUAUUGCUGUUAUGAUGAUGAUUUAGAUUUACGUCAAAAGUGCAGAGACUUUUAGAACCCAAAGCCCUGAUUAUUAAUGUGUAUUAAGAUAUUUGAUAUUUGAAAAAGUAAUAUAGAAAUUGCCCUAGUUAGGACCUGUAAGGACUGGGUGUCAAAGCUAAUGUUUAUAACAUAGACUGAUACUCAAAAUGUCACUGAUAACCUCAUGAAACAUUAACUCAUCAUAGCUAUGAUAAGAAAGUUUCCACUAAGUUAAAUGUAUAUAUGUAAUAUAUGCCAGUAAUUCUGAAGAUCACACACCUUAUAUGUGUUGAGUGUAUAUAAGCUAUGACCUGUGUACAUAAGCAGUUGUAUAGCAUUGUGGAAGAAGGUUGGAAAAUAAAUGUAAAUAUCAAUCACAACACAUUUUGGUUUGGAAAGAAUACAGAAAUAAUGCAGUCAAGUUUCAUUUAGGAUCAUCCAUUUUUUUAUUUGUUGUACAAUUUCUACUGUUCAUAUUGCUCAGUAUAUGACAGUUGUAGUAAUGGGCAAUGCAAGUGUACAUUUGCUCUGAUUGAAAGUGAAAUUUAGUCAACUAUCUAGUAUUAAUCCCGUUCAGAACAAGUAUCACAUUUUAAAAAAAGUGUGAAGACAGGAGAAUGGGUAAGGGAUAAAUGGAGUGAGGGUAGAAAAUAGACAUAAAUGAAUAUUAAAGAAAAGAAAGUCAGAGACAACAGUGUCUUCUGUAAAUAAUUUUAUCAGCGUAUGAGGAACCUAUUAACAGGAAUUUGUAAUAUUUUGUUACAAAAAAUAACAUUCAGGUAAACUGUACUUAUUAGAAAUUUGGAAUAUCAAGACAAUGGGUAAGGCUAAACCUAUAAAAGGUUUAGUUUUUUAAUUUUUGAAAAUGUUGCAGCAUUUCUGCUCAAAAGAAAACAGUUCUGUUGUGUUUAGUAUUUUCAUUCACUGAGCUUGAGGUUUGCUGCUGUAUUUUACUUUUUAAAAAUCUACUCUAAGAUCUGAAUCACUGUUAACAGAGUUACACAUGGAUUUAGACAUGUACAAGGAAGAUGAAUAUCUAUGUAUGGCUUUCUUUUCAUAAAUUUAUUUUCUAAGAAAAAUUGUAAGGCAAAGUUUUGGUAAAACUUUUUUUGUGAAUGGGUUCAAGUCAAACACAAUCAUUUAAGAAACAUUAUAUGCAGUAGUUGUGACAAAAAGAAGCCAUAUGAAUUAACAUGAACGUCUGUAAAAAGCAUUCUAGCAGAAAGCUAUUUAUAGCACUCAAAUCAGAAGGCACACCAUUUUUUCUCUUGUUGUGCAGUUAUCUUUCCCCAGCGAGCUCAACUGUUGGCAGUGGGUACCUGACCAUAGAGGGCAUGGGGAAAGUAAGGCAUAGAGGGAGAGGGCAUUACACUCACAAAAAGCUGGCCUCAAGAAAAUUGUGGUGUCUUAACACCUUACUCUCCAACAACCAAAUGUCAAGAAAUGAUCUUUACAGUUUUAGCUACAGAGCACCCAAAAGGAACUGUUUUGGGUCUUUAUUGUAAUGGUGUUUUCAAUUCUUUAAAAAAGUUUUUUUUCUUUCAAAGAUGUCCAAGCAAUGUGGCCAAAUGGUUUAUUAAAGUACAGUUAGGACAAUCAGUUCAGGCCCUAACCUGGCUGAUUAUUGGAGAUAGGGUUGGACAGAAGCAGCAGCUGAUGGGAUGGAUCUCAUCAGACAUAAUUCUAGUCUGGCAUCAUGUCACUAAAGAUGCUUCUGGGAAUACUUCCAAUAAGUGGAGUAGGUGUGCUGCUCUUUUCAGUUCAGUAGUCGCAGAAUGUGGCAGGAAUGACCCUGUAUGUCAAUUUUAAUUUCCAUUGGUGUGUGCCAGAUUGUGAUUUUAUAUCUGAUUGAAAAAUAUAAUACAUUAUUUUAUACAGG